ACUGAUACAGCAGCACUAGUUGAUGUCGAGCACAGAUAGAACAUCAUGCCCUACUUGCAUGGUCUUAAUUCUAGCUAUCUACUAGCUUUUAUAGAUAGAUUGACGUAUUAGCUAUUGGGCUAGUUUCGCUAGCUAGCAAGUACUUGCUUCACUUGCUCAAUCUGAUUUGGCUAGGUAAUCUAGCCAUCUGACGACGAGGUCAAAACAGCACUGUGUGAAGUGUCAUUGCCAACAGUAGAGAAUGCUGGAAUCAAUUAAAGUAACUGAAAGGCUCCACUGGCCAGAGCUGGAGCUGUCGAAAAAGUACGUCCUGAGCCCCACGGACAAGCCUGUGAGCCCCAGCCAAGUGUGCCUGGAGAAGGUCUCGUCCAGCGUUCUCAAGGACCUCUUCACCACCGGGACCAGCAGCUUCAAUGUGCUGCUGCAAGCAGAGGAGGAGGACAGGCAGAGCCCAAAGCACUCCUCUUACAGGAGGACCGGAAGGUGUGUCUCCAUGUCUGGCAGGAAUGACAACCGCCGUCCAUCUCUCAACCCUCUGAUGCUGCAGAGCCAGGGAAGUGGGGACACCAGGCUGUCGCAUGUCUUCUCCCCAGGCAGCCUCUACGGUGGCACCAAGCCAGCGUCCACCAUCACCGUGCUGGGCAGCCCCAUUGGCCUGUCCCCUCGCCCCACAACUCGGACCAGGAAGUUCUGUGCCAGCUCGUCCCGCACCAAACUCCCCUCUCUGUCCAAAGCAGGAAUCCCCGCAGAGCGGGACAACUCCACCAAGAAGCUCUGCAUUCUUACCGCCAUCAAACCGUCCAAUGUGGAGAAGGAGAAGGCCAAGUUUUUCAAGUCAGGCUACACCUAUAACCCCCAGUUUGAGUACAGCAACCCUCUAUCUCCACCCGUCCUGGCUCGACACAACAAUGCCUCUGAUCGCUUUCUGACCCAGGCGGUUCGGAUCAUGGAGAUGGCCCUGCAGAAGUACGGCAACUAUGAGAGGUUUGAGCAGGCCACGGGGGGCAACCUGCUCACCAAGAGUCGCAUCUGGUACAGCGUCAAGAAGUACAUGGAGAAGGAGGGCUGCAUGGGGGAGAUAGUGGUCCACAUGACGGACGACCUCCUCUCCAGAGCCUCCAUGACGGUGGUGAACAGCCGGCCCACCCUCACCAUCAACAUCUCCACCGCCCGCGAGCACUGGCUGGAGGGCAUGCUCCGCCACGAGAUCGGCACACACUACUUCCGGGGGAUCAACAACAGCCAGCAGCCCUGGAGCACCAGCCUGGGCAGGAAGAAGUUCUGCCUGAAGCCCCUGAACCCCACGGAGGAGGGCCUGGCCAGCAUCCACAGCGUGCUGUACAGGAAGGACCCCACGCUGUGGCGCGCUGCCCUGCUCUACUACACCGUCUACCAGGCCAGCACCAUGUCCUUCUCCCAGCUCUUCAGCGACCUGGGCCGCUUCGUCCAGGACCCCGGCACGCGCUGGGACUACUGCGUCCGGGCCAAGAGGGGCCAGACGGACACCUCCCAGCCAGGCUGUUUCAGUAAGGACCAGGUGUACCUGGACGGCAUCCUCAAGAUCCUGAGAAACAGGGAGAAGAUUGACUUUCCUCUGCUGAUGGCCCUGGGAAAGGUGUCGUUCGAGGACGUGGAUCGGCUGAAAUCCCUGGGGCAGACGGAGCACGUGCGCAUUCCCCACUUCCUGCAGGACCAGGUGAGCUACGCCGAGCAGCUGGAGAAGAUCAUGGAGGUCAACCAGCUGACCGACGAGGAGCUGAGCCUCCUGCUGUGAGUCUCAGCAGAGACGGGGGGAGGACGGGGGGGGGGGGAGCUACUGAAACCUUAUUAAAGCCAGUGAAUUCUCCCACCAAGGACAGCCCUGCAUCUCUCCCCCUGUUCCCUCCACCAUCUUCUCCUUCGAGCAUGGUAGCUGUGGGACACGUGACCUGUGCAGACUACUGUAUUGUAUCGUGCUGUCGUGUCUGUGAAGUCUUUCUCUCUCGCUCCUCCACACCAAGUGUACUUCUCUUUCUGUCUCUCGCCCAAAGACAAAUGGAUUCCUCCACUUGACUUUACAAGGUUUUUCCUAGUGGUUGCUGUUGUUGUUGGUGUUCAGGGAAUAACAUGGAAACAGUCUGUGUGUUUGUCGAGACCGGGCUAUGCUGACGAGAGAGGUUCCUGGAGGGGCGUGUAUGAGAACUAGCUGUGAAGCACAAGUGGAUUGACCAAGGCAGUAUCUCUAUGCCUAGGGAAAGUACCAAUUUUCUAUACGUGUCAGCACUGUUCCUGAACACGGCUCAGAGGUAGGAAGGCUGAUGUGGAGUUGGAUUGAUUGAUUAUGUGUACCGUUGCAUUUCUAGAGAUGGAAGGCUAGUCUCUGGUCGACUGGGCUGUGUGCGGGAGUGGGUUCUUUCAGAGCUCUCCUUACGGCCACACUCCACAAACACAGACACUGUCUCACUAUUUGCACUUUUGAGCAUUUUCUGCCCUUUUUCAACUGCUCUCUUUCUGGCAGUUAUUUCUACAAACCUUUCCUGCAUUGAAGGAACAAUCCCAAACCCGAGUGUUUUUUUUUAAUGCACUGUUUAAGUAAUUAAAGCUCCCAUGGUCGAAAUGAUGGACACAUCUAACGUUCUUGCUUUUCAUACCUGUUUGAAAUCUGAGCACUGUGAUAUUUGGUAACUGUAACUGUUGACACUUUGUAGUUAGCAUGUGUGCUGCUACUUGACCGCUGAUACCCCCUGUGGUUUAAUCCCAUGUUAAGCACUGGUAUUUGGAUGUUGACGUGUCUGUAUUGUGAAUGCCUUCUCAU